UAGGACGUUCGAAUUGCUAAGCGUGACUUGACUUCGUCAGUAGUGAAAGCAAAUAUGGAGCCAAUAGCACGGUUUGUGAAAGUAUCAAUACCAAAUUAUUUAGCUGGAUUACCAAUUCCAGAAACGAUAGGAGGAUGGUUCAGACUCGGUGUAACCGAUUGGGCAUCGUUAAUUCCACCCACAGCUUUAAUGGCCGGCAUUGGUUAUAUUUCGUACAAAGCAUUUUGUCCUCGUGCAAGACCGAAGCCAUGUGGUGUAAUAAAUCCUUGUAUUAAGAAAGACGUUAAUAAAGUAGUCGAUGUUAUUGAUGUCGAAGAUUUAUCAGAAAAAGCUGUUUUCUGUCGUUGCUGGAGGACUAAAAAUUGGCCGUACUGCGAUGGAUCUCAUGGAGCUCACAAUAAUGAAACCAACGAUAAUGUUGGUCCAUUGGUUGUAAAGAAAGAGAACUAAAUGUUUACUGUCCGUUAUUAAAGUACCUGUGGUACAUAUAUGCUGUACUGUUCCAUACAGUAGCGCCUUAUUAUAAUACCAAGGGUGAAUAGAAAAGGUUAAUUAUCAAGAAAUAAGGUACGCAUGUUAUUUAAUUAAUUAUUGAAAUAAAACAUGAAAAUAAUUUAUAAAUGAAUACUCAAGAAAAAUAUAAGACAUACACAUUGUUAUUCUUGGAUAAUAUUAUUUAAAAUUAUAUUUUUGUUAAUUAAGCAAUUGCCAUUAAAUUUGGGUAACAGUUAAUCAAAUAAAACGUAUCUCAUAUAAAAAAAUAACGUACGAGGUUUAUUAUUAUUAUCAUUUUUGAAAUAUGUACACCUACUAAAGCAUAUCGUAGAAAAGAAACUAAUUAUUUUUAUCAUUAGCAUGAACAGUACUGUUGCCUUUGUUAAUACUAUUUAUAUUUUCGGUUACACAGUUUUACUUAAAAGAAAUAAUCACGACGUCUUUAUCAAUCGUAAAAUUCUAAAACCUAGCAUUCAUAUGAAAUGCUCACUCGUUGUCUUGUUAGUGUCCUGCAUGUAAUAUAAUAAUUAAUAUUGAUGAAA